AUGCCCCCAAAACAAGACAAUCGACAGACUCCCCUCCUAGGCAGCGAUGAUCUGGUACCUUUCGAUCAUGUCGCUGCGGGACACGACGGUGUGCGACGGACCCUUUCGGGGUCGUUAAUCGUCAAGCCUUGCACACAACAAGAAGUCGAGUUCUACGAGUCCAGCGCCCUCCAUCCUGAAUUUCGCGAAUUCAUGCCCCUGUUCGUCGGCUCGCUAUCUUCUGCUGAGCAGCAACAACCUUUCGCGAUCGCCGCGGCGCAGCAGUCCGGCGCUGUGUUCCUGCCUGCACUUGGGAACCCUCCGACGGAUCCCGCUUGUCCGGCCGAAUCUCCGACACCUGCGCUGCCUGCUAUCGCUGCUCCAGCGGCUAUCGUACCAGUCGAAGGAGUGAAUGGUGCUGGAACCCCGACAGAGAAGCCAUGGGUUCCAUCCGAAGGGAAAAAACUAGAGACCGGUCUGUCGAUUGUGUUGGAAAAUGUGGCGUCUGGAUUUCGGCGACCGAAUGUGUUGGACGUUAAGCUUGGAGCAAGAUUAUGGGCGGAUGAUGCGCUGCCUGCAAAGCGGUCGAAGCUGGAUGCGGUGUCAAAGGAGACUACAAGCUCGAGUCUGGGAUUUCGGAUUGCGGGGAUGAAGGUUUGGACGGGCGAAGAUGGGGAGCCAGACGAAGGCGCUCGGACCAACCCAUACGCUACUAAGUAUGAGGGUGCCGAGGGGGAGAAAGGAAAGGUUAUUGAGACGAAUGGGUAUCGACGCUACGACAAGUGGUAUGGACGAUCGUUCAACGAAGGGAAUGUCAAGGAAGGAUUUGAGACCUUCCUGGCUGGUGCCAAAGCUGGCGCGGUGGAUCGGUCCGGAAUGAUUGCAAGGCGAAUUGUGGAGGAAUUGAAAAACGUGCAGGAAGUGCUUGAGGCUGAAGAAAGUCGCAUGUAUUCGUCCAGUGUGUUGGUGGUUUAUGAGGCAGAUCCCGAGGCGAUGGAGGUUGCUUUGGAAGAGGAGAAAAGACUCUCUGAGCAGCAGCCUCGGGAUCCAGAGGAAGAGGAGGACGAUGACGAUGAGGUCGAUUUCGAAAUCUCCGAAGAAGCCUUUGAAUUGGUGGAUGUGCAUGGAAUGCCUCAAAAAGCCAUCAAUAUCAGCAUAGAUCCUCAAAUGGCUCAACUGCCGGAAAUAAAUCUGGAUGAUGAUGAGGACGAUGAAGAUACACCCAAGGUCCAUGACCUGCGGGUGAUUGACUUCGCGCAUGCCAAAUGGACACCCGGUGAAGGCCCCGACGAGAAUAUAUUGACAGGAAUUCGCAGCUUGAUCAAGAUAUUGGAAGAGCUCGCCGAGUGA